GGCGGCAACCGAUUCGGACUAUAAGCGUCGCAUGUCAACGGCUCUGCCGCCCGGCGUUGAUAUUGUGCAGCAUAUUAACGGGAAUUUUGGACGCUGGCAACUGCGCAUCAUACUGCUGAUCUUUCUUUGCAAGAUACCCACGGCCUGGUUCAUGGCCGUCAUCAUCUAUACGGCACCGUAUCCGCAGCGUGGCGAGUUGAUUUGUCGUCCGGCCACCUGGAAUGGCAGUGCGCCGGCCAGUGAGCAUGGCGAGAACCGCAAUACGGAUCGAUUGUUCAGCGUGCAGGUGUGCAAUGCCUAUGCCCAGAGCUUGUCGGAGAGUUUUGUGCAGCGCUAUGGGCACAGCUGGAAUGCGACACACGCGUCGCUGCCCUGCGAGCGAGUGGAGCACAAUUCGGACUACAAAUCACUCAUCACGCAGUUCGAUUUGAUAUGUUCGCGACGAGUCCUGGUCGCCGUCACACAAUCCUUUCAUGCUCUGGGCGCAUUACUGGGAGGUCUAUUGGCAUAUCAGCUGCUGCGACACUUUAGUCCGCGUCGUUUGAUGCUGCUGGGCAUGUUGGGUCAAAUAUUUUGUGGAAAUCUCACUGGACUGGUGGACACCUAUCAGUUGCACGUAUAUUUCCGUUGCCUCACCUCCGUCUGCUGCACUCUCAUGUAUUCCGCAGGACACAUCAUAUUAAUGGACAUUACGGCGGGUAAGGCGCGAAUUUUAGUGGUCACUCUGUCGGAGCUGUUCUGGUCGAUUGGCCUGGUACUGCUGCCUGCUAUUUCGAUAUACUUUGAUGACUGGAGUUAUCUCUAUGUGGCCAUAUCCUCAUCCCUGAUUGUGCUCGUCUGGCUGCAUCGUUGGAUAUCGGACGCGCCACGUUGGCUGCUGCGACAUCAGCGAAUAGAGCCCGCUUUGCGUUUGCUACUCGAAUCUGCCACGCACAACAAUCGCAUGGUGCCCCUCACUCUGGACGUCCAGUUGACAAUCUAUGCUAGCGAGUUGAAUGCCCAGAAGCGUCAGCGCUAUUGCCAGAUUUGGGAUAAGGAGACAAAGCGCCGUCAGCUCGUUUAUAUACAUGUGAUCUGGGGCUGUGCUCAGGUCCUGUACAACAUUAUAUUGCUCAUGAUACGCAGCCUGAGCGAAUCACAGGUGCAUGUGAACACCGCUGCUCUGGGCUUUGCCGAAAUGAUUGGCGUUUUUGUUGGACUCUAUUUUAUACUCUACACACGUCGCUAUUGGCGAUGGGCUGGCAAUCUGAUGAUCAUUGCGGGACUGUGCACUUACUUGGUCUGGCUGUUGCCGGAAACUGAUCGCAACCCGAGACGUGUUGGCUUGGAGCUCAUAUUUUGGAUGCUAUUGAAGUUUGCCAAUGCUGCUUCGAUAGCUGUGCUCACCACCUGCACAGGUGAAAUGGUUUCCCCAGAGAAGCGUGUCCUGCUCAUGCUCUCAGUGGUUAGUUUUGGACGCCUGUGCUUGGUCUUCUCACCAUUGCUGAGCACUUUGACUGUGGUGCAUCGCCUGUUGCCCAUAACCAUAAUUGCCACUGUGGGUUGGAUAUAUGGCUUGAUCAUGCGUUUCCUCAAUCGCUACUACUGGAACACCGAACAGCAGCAUAUGGUUCAAGUGCCGACACCCAAUACAUAUCGCCGCAAUUCGGCCGUUAUAUUGCGACGUUGCAGCACCGCCAGCUCCGAUGUGAGCGGAUAUAGUAAUGAUAUGCAGCGGAACUUUGAGCCGAAUGUAACCGUCAGCAUUUCUGAUUUGUGGCACAUCAAUUUUCAUACGAUCCCCGAAUGUGAUAGCAUUAAGGAAGCCACCGAAGGCGUCAUAAAAUCGCAGAGUAUGCAUAGCAUUUGAAUUUUGGUCAGCUGCCAAAAAGUAUGCAGCACUUUUCGGACGAACAGAAUCUUAGACCUAAUGUGAUCAGUGAAGCAGCCAUAAAACUUAUGAUCAUUUAAGUUUUAAAAUAUAUAUAAUAUACACAUAAGAUAUACAAAAUACAUAACUAGAUACAUUCUAAUAAUAAUAAUAAUAAUAUAAAAAGUCGCGCCCAUCAUUUUUAUUGAGAUCAGU